AUGUCCUCUGUCAAUUUCACGGAUCUGACCAGCCAGAUCGAGGCUGUUGCAGCCUCUACAACAGACCUCCAGGUGAAUGAGGCAGACCGGAAGCGUCUCCUCCAAGCGUGUGAUCGACUCCGGAAGAAAUUGGAAUCCCCGUUUGAAUUCACCUUACGGACCAUCUUUGCGGCAUGCUUUCUUUCUUUCUUUCUCAGAGGCUGGAACUGCUGUAAAGGUUAUCCAGCCAUAGCAUUACGGUUGGGCAUUGAUAUGAAGCUCUUUGAUGCGGUAGCGCAGUAUACCAAGUCCUCCGGUGGAGGGACAGUGACUCUAUCGCAGCUGGCUGAGAUGAGCAAAGCCGAUCCUCUUCUCGUGUCGCGCAUCAUGCGCUUCCUAUCCGCACGGGGAACCUUCAAUGAGAUUGAGAAAGACGUGUAUGCUUCCACCCCGCUGGCAGCCGCCUACAUCUCCAGCUCGCCUCUCUCCGCCACCGUCAUCCAUGUAUAA